AUGCUUGAAUCGGUGCGGCCUCGUCGAGUGUUUUGCAUAGGAAAUUGGCGCCCUGAAGGCUACAGCUUUUGUCUUGCAAUUACACAAAGCUCUGUGUAUCGGUCUUCUCGCUCUCCCCCUGCUCAGUUGCUGCUGACAAUCCCGGUGUAUCGACACCGCGAGGACGUUGAUGGGGUGGUGCCCUCAUGGGUGGGGGGCCCGCUGCAGCAGCUGCACCUGCAGCAGCAGCAGCAGCAGCAACAGCAACAGCAAAUUAACUGUCCUCAAGAGAGACCCCACAGAAGGAGGAGGCUGCAGCUAUGUCUUGCUGGGGACUCGCAGCUGCAGACAGCCGCUACUGCGAGUUCGAUCUCAAGCACCAGCUACCACACCGGCAGCAGCACUAGCAGCAGCAGCAGCAGCAGCAGCAGCAGCAGCAGCUACACAGAUGAGGAAGCCGAAGAGGAACUGUACGACGAAUACUCUGAGAGUACUUCUUCAUAUCUUUCGGGUGGCUUUGACAGACGCCCUUCUGUUGAGCAGCAAGGAGAAGCAGCAGCAGCACCAGUACCAGCUGCUGCAGCAGCAGCAGAAGCAGCAAAGAAAGCAGCAAAAGGUAGCCAGAUGGUUCCCCCGCAGCAGGGCAGCAUCGACUCUGUGGGGGCCUCACUAGGGAGACCAACGCCGGGGGCUGUCUCUUCUAAGAGUUCCUCCUCGCAGAACAAAGAGGAGACUGCAGGGCUGCAGCAGCAGCAGCAGCAGCGCCAGCAGCAGCAGCAGCAGCAGCAGGCUGCUUCUUCCGAGGACAGCGCUUCUCAGGAAGACGGCGAGGCUUCGCCUUCUCCACAGCAGCAGAAACGCCAACAGCAGCAGCAGCAGCAGCAGCAAGAGGAGGAGCAUCAGCAGAAGAAAGGCCCUUGGCAGGUAUUAAAGAAAACAAAGGUAGGGGGCUGGUUGCUAGGGCAUGAGGAGCCGGAGGAGACCGAUCCCCUGAAUGAAGUUUUCGUCUCCCGCUGGAUCGAGUUCCCCACAGAAGCAGCAGCGCUGCAGGCCUUUGAUAUAUUAGCGCAGCUCUUAGACAGCCCCCCAGGGCAGGGCCUUACGGGGUCUGCUCUAUGUCCCCUUGCUUAG